UUUUUCAGCUUCAUGUUAUUAUGUUCAGAGGCUCUCAUUCUUAGCCGUUGCUUCGUCUUCUUUUUCGAAUUGGAUAAUUUGAUUGGAUUUUUUACAGUUCCGUGCAAGUAAAGUUUUGUCACUAGGAAACUAAUGGGGACUUUAAGGUUUCUCUUUGGACUUUUGGUGAUUUCCGUUACAUCAUGGAUAGUUUUCAUAUUUGCUUUGAGGUUGCUGUUUUGGAUUCUAGGCAAAACAGUCGGAGUAUCUAUUGACUUCCGACUUGGAGGGUGGAACUGUUUGAAGGAUAUAGCGGUGAAGUUAAAAAAGGGUGCUCUUGAAUCCAUAUCAGUGGCUGAAAUUAAGCUCAGUUUAUGUCAGUCCUUGGUUAAACUUGGGACUGGCAGAGUUUCUAAGAGUUUAAAGCUACAGGUGUUAAUAAGUAAGCCAGAAAUUGUAUUAAGGCCUUCAAGUAGCUCUUCAAGUAAAAGCUCAAAGAAAGCUAAACCCCAUAAAAGCUCUUCGAGUAAAAGCUCUUCAGGCAAGGGAAAGAAGUUGAUGGCUGUAGGUAACAUUGCAAGAUUUUUGUCAGUUUCUAUUACAGAUUUGGCAUUGAAGACACCUAAAGCAACUGUUGAAGUUAAUGGAAUCAAACUAGAUAUAUCUCAAGACGGUGGGUCUAAACCCAGUCUGUUUGUUAUAUUACAAAUAUUACCCAUUUCUGCCCAAGCUGUUCAGCUGCUCUCUGGCAGUAUGGAAAAGCAUUCUGCCCCUUCUAGUUGUGAAGAGUUUUCUCUCUCUUGUGAAUUUGGAAAUGAACGGGAAGCUGGUUUAGUUGUCCGAAAUGUGGACAUUAACUUUGGAGAGAUUAUUGUAAACCUCAAUGAGGAGCUGCUAUCCAAGACUAAAAAACCACCAGGUGGUUCUUCUCAUAUUGAAAAAGUUAAAGAGUCAACAGCUGAUUCCUCGACCACUAAAAAGCCUGAUAAGAAACAAGCUGCAAUUUUAGCAUUGACAAAAAAUACUUCUAUUUUUCCGGAAAAGAUUAGUUUCAACUUACCAAAACUAGAUGUGAAGUUUGUGCAUCGGGAACAUGAUAUUGUUGUUGAAAAUAAUAUCAAGAGCAUUCAGUUGAAAAGCAUCAAAUCAAAAUCAACUGAAGAGGUGGGGGAGAGUACACGAGUUGACGUCCAGUUCGAAUUCAGUGAGAUACAUCUUCUCAGAGAAUCUGGCUCUUCUGUAUUAGAGAUAAAGAAAUUUGGUGUUUUCUCUUUUGUCAACAUUCCAGUACAGCCAAUCUCACCUGUUAGAGCUGAAAUAGAUGUUAAGCUUGGAGGGAUUCGGUGCAAUGUUAUGAUAAGUACAUUAAAGAAACUGUUGAGAUUGAAACCCUCUGGUACAGGAGCCAAAAAGAAAGAAGUGGUUCUUCAAGAGGAAACUUCUACUAUUGAGAAGCCACAAUCAACUGAAUCCAAAGCCAUAAUGUGGAAAUGUACUGUCUCAGUUCCUGAGAUUACAAUUGUGCUUUAUAGUAUCAGUGAUGUGCCACUGUAUCAAGGCUGCUUGCAGUCAUCAUAUGUGUUGGCUAAUGACAUUUCAAGUACAGGACCCACAGUACACACGGAACUUGGCGAGCUGCAUUUGCGUGUGGCAGAUGAAAAUCAAGAAUGCUUGAAAGAAAGCAUUUCCAGUGUGAAACUAAAUUCAGGUUCAUUACUGCAUGUAGCAAAGGUUACUCUAGACUGGGGUAAAAAGGACAUGGAAUCAUCUGAAGAUGGCGGCACUAGAUGUAAAUUAGUUCUUUAUGCUGAUGUGGCUGGAAUGGGCAUUUAUUUCACGUAUAAGCAUGUUGAAUCACUUAUAGUAACAGCCAUGUCCAUUAAAGCACUCUUCAAAAAGCCAUCUGCUAGUAAGAAAGCAACACAGAGCCGGACAUCACGUUCAUCAAAGCCAUCAGGGAAGGGCACUCGACUUUUAAAAUUUAAUCUUAAACAAUGUUCAAUUAGUUUUUGUGGCGACACUUGCUUGGAAAACACAGUUGUGGUGGCAGAUCCCAAGCGUGUAAAUUAUGGUUCUCAGGGUGGUCGGGUUGUUAUUAGUGUUUCGGAAGAUGGGACACAACGUACCGCAACUGUAAUCUCCACGGUUUCAGAUGAAUGCAAGAAUUUGAAGCACUCUCUUUUGCUUGACAUCUUUCACUUUAGUUUGUGUGUAAACAAGGAGAAACAAUCCACAGAAGUUGAGCUUGAAAGAGUCAGAUCUAUCUAUGAGGAUCAUCUCGAAGAAGAUAAUCCAGACAAAAAAAUUACAUUAUUUGAUAUGCAGAAUGCAAAAUUUGUACAACGCUCUGUCGGCCAUAAAGAGAUAACUGUUUGCUCUCUGUUCAGUGCUACUGACAUCUCCAUCACAUGGGAGCCUGACAUGCAUCUGUCUUUCGUUGAACUUGGUUUGAAACUGAAAGCACUUGUACACAAUCAGAAGGUUAAGGAAAGUGGUAAUGAACAUGCAGAUAAUGUCUCUAGUGAAAGAGAAGUUGAGCAGAAGAAAGAAGUCAUUGGGGUGGAGUCAGGUCAUGUUAAUAAAACAAAGAAAAAAGAAUCUAUUUUUGCUGUUGACGUAGAGGUGCUGAGUAUAUAUGCUGAAGCUGGAGACGGUGUUGAUGCAUUUGUGCAGAUUCAGUCAAUUUUCUCUGAGAAUGCCCGCAUAGGGGUACUUCUUGAAGGAUUAUUGCUUGGUUUCAACGGAGCCCAGUUAUUGAGAAGUGGCCGAAUGCAAAUUUCCCGUAUUCCCAAUGUUUCCAGCUCAUCUGAUGCAACAGUACCAGUUGUCACUGUGUGGGAUAUUGUGAUUCAAGCACUUGACGUUUAUAUUUGCCUGCCUUUCAGGCUGGAGUUGCGUGCCAUUGAUGAUGUUGUUGAAGAGAUGUUGCGAGCUUUGAAGAUUGUAACUAAUGCUAAAACUCACCUAAUUCUUCCCGUGAAGAAAGACAGCCCCAAUCCCAAACCUAAAAAGCCUAGUUCAAACAAAUUUGGAUGUGUGAAGUUCUUUUUACGCAAGCUGACCAUUGAAAUUGAGGAAGAACCAAUCCAGGGCUGGCUUGACGAGCACUACUUUCUAAUGAAGAAAGAGGCCUUCGAGCUAGAUGCUAGGUUGAAAUUUUUUAAUGAUUAUAUUUCGGCCAAUCAGUGUCCUAAAACAGCUGAAAGUAACGAUUCUUCCUGUGAAAGAAAGAUCCAGUAUAAUGGAGCUGAGAUUGAUAUGCAGGAUCCUUCAGCAAUCCAAAAAAUGCAAGAAGAGAUAUAUAGACAGUCUUUUCAAUCCUAUUACUUAGCGUGUCAAAAGCUAAAGCCAGCGGAAGGCUCUGGUAGCUGGAGAGAAGGUUUCCAGGCUGGUUUUAAGCCUAGCACAUCAAGAAUUUCACUUUUUUCUAUUUCAGGUACAGAAUUAGAUGUGACCGUGACAUUGAUUGAUGGUGGAACUGACGGGAUGAUAGAAGUUAUAAAGCAGCUUGAUCCUGUAUGUCGUGAAGCUGCGAUUCCGUUUUCUCGUGUAUACGGGUGUAAUCUUCUCUUAAACGCUGGCUGUCUAACUGUUCAGAUAAGAGACUACCCAUUUCCUCUUUUUUCUGCAAUUUCUGGUAAAUGUGAAGGCCGUCUUGUGAUGGGACAGCAGGCAACAGCUUUUCAGCCCCAAAUGUCGCAUGACGUCUUCAUUGGGAGGUGGAGAAAGGUCCGCAUGCUUCGCUCAGCCACUGGUACAACUCCGCCAAUGAAAACAUACACAGAUUUACACUUGCGUUUUAGAAGUGCAGAAGUGUCCUUUGGGGUGGGAUAUGAAACAGUUUUUGCUGAUGUCAGCUAUGCUUUCACUGUGGCGCUUCGUAGGGCUAAUUUAAGCAAAAAAGGUCCUGGUCUUCCAGUGCUGCCAAAAAAGGAGAAGAGCUUACCAUGGUGGGAUGACAUGAGAAAUUACAUCCAUGGAAAUAAUAAUUUAUUCGUUUCUGAAACUAAAUGGUACAUUCAAGCAUCUGCUGAUCCUUAUGAAAAGCUUGACAUGCUUCAAAUAGUUUCUGGUCCUUUGGAGAUCCAGCAAUCUGAUGGCCGUAUUUAUGCCUGUGCAAAAGAUUUUAAAAUUUUCCUAAGCAGUUUGGAGAGUUUGAUAAAUAGUCGCAGCGUAAAAAUUCCUACCAUUGUAUCUGUUCCAUUCCUUGAUGUGCCAGUCUUUAGCAUUGAGGUUUUGAUGGAUUGGGAUUGCGACUCUGGUCAUCCCUUGAAUCAUUAUUUAUUUGCACUUCCUGUGGAAGGAAAGUCUAGGGAGAAAGUAUUUGAUCCUUUCAGAUCUACUGCUCUUACUCUCCGAUUUGAUGUUUCUCUUAAACCCCUGCGUCCCUCAUUGGACAAACAAACCCCACCUGCUUCAGCGUCAGAUUCCAAUGUUUCAAAUGGUUCACCAACAGUGAGUUUCAAUGUACAUGAUCUAGCUUGGCUGGCUAAGUUUGGAAAUGUGGUGGCUUUACCCCCGUGCAAAAUCCGUUUGUUUGCUCGGUUUAAGCGUUUUGGAAUUCCAUUAGUUCCUAGAUCAGGAAACUUGCCAUUAGAUAGGGUGAUGACAGAAACUAUGUUCCGUUUAGAUAUCACACCUACUUGUAUAAAGUAUAAGACGUUUGCUGAAGAUGAUCCAGCAAAAGGACUGACAUUUACUACAACAAAGUUUAAAGUUGAAGUCUGUUCCAGCAGGGGUAAGCAAAAAUUUACGUUUGAUUGCACGCGUGAACCUCUUGGUCUUGUCUACCUGGGGCUUGACCUUCAUUUGCUGAAGGCCUUUUUAAACAAAGGAGAUAGCACUAGUGUCAUAAAAGUAGGUCAAACUUCUCGGUCUGCAUCCAUGGAGCAAGUUUCUAGUGGAAAGGGCAAUUCUACGAGUGAUUGCACAGAGAAGCAUCCUGAUGAAGGAUAUUUUAUGUCAUUUGACUAUUUUACAAUCAGAAAGCAGUCCCCAAAGGCUGAUCCUGAAAGCUUGUCGGCUUGGCAAGAGGCUGGGAGAAAAAAUCUUGGAACGACAUACGUCAGAUGUAUGACGGAGAAAGUGAGGGAGAGUGACGAGAAUGCAGAGUCAGAUCCUAGUGAUGACGAUGGAUACAACGUGGUUAUAGCUGACGAUUGUCAGCGUAUUUUUCUUUACGGCCUUAAAAUUCUGUUGAAUAUAGAGAAUCGAGAUGCUGUGAGGUCUUUUGGUGCUGGAUUAGCCAAAGCAUUAGAAGCUCAAAAGCCUUGUGCUUCUCGGCAGUAUGCACAGAGGAAGUUACUCGAGGAGAAACAGAAACUUAGUGAACCUGAAAUGCCUCAAGAGGAUGCUCUGAAGUCCCCUUCUACAAAAAAUGUUGUGCCUUCCUCUUCUCAAAAUAUGGAGACAUAUGAAUCAGAUUCAUCUGUAUCACAAGCAGCUGGAAUGGAAAAUUCAUCUACUGCUGCAGUUGAACGAGAAAAAAAUGACAAGGUUGAUGAUUCCGAAGAGGAGGGGACUCGUCAUUUUAUGGUAAAUGUUAUCGAGCCUCAAUUCAAUCUUCACUCUGAAGAAGCAAAUGGGAGAUUUCUUUUCGCUGCUGCUAGUGGUCGUGUUUUGGCACGAUCUUUUCAUUCAGUUCUUCGUGUUGGCUCUGAGGUGAUUGAGCAAGCACUGGGUACUGAAAGUGCUCAUAUUCCUGAAGGUGGGCAUGACAUGACAUUGACACGCAUGGAGUUUUCUGUGAUGCUGGAGCAUGUGCAGGCUCAUGUUGCACCUACUGAUGUGGAUCUUGGGGCUGGAAUACAGUGGCUUCCAAAAAUUCGUCGAGGUUCUCAGAAGGUCAAGCGUACUGGCGCUCUACUGGAAAGAGUGUUUAUGCCUUGUGAUAUGUACUUCCGAUUCACAAGGCAUAAAAGUGGAACCCCGGAAUUGAAGGUGAAGCCGUUAAAGGAUCUCAGCUUUAACUCGCAGAGCAUAACAAUGUCCAUGACAUCUCGCCAAUUUCAGGUUAUGCUGGAUGUAUUAACCAACCUUCUCUUUGCUCGGGCUCCCAAGCCUCGAAAAAGUUGCUUCACUUGUCCUGGAGAAGAUGAUGAAGAUGAAGGGGAGGAGGCAGAUGCAGUGGUUCCUUCUGGUGUUGAAGAAGUAGAACUUGCCAAAAUCACCCUUCAGCAGAAAGAAUGGGAUCAUAAGUUUAUACUCAAUAACAUUAAGAAUUUAUCUCUUCAUUGUGAUACUUCAGGAGACAAUCUGGAAAAAGAAGGUGAUUGGUGGAUGGUAAAUGGUGGGAAAUCUCUUUUGGUACAAGGAUUGAAGAAAGAACUUGGUGACGUAAAAAAACUUAGGAAGGAAGCAGCAGCAGCCUUAAGGGUUACCAUGCAGAAAGCAGCUCAGCAACGGCUGAUGGAGAAAGAAAAGAACAAAAGUCCAUCCUGUGCCAUGCGAGUUUCUGUACAUACUACCAAAGUCGCAUGGAGCAUGCUUAUGGAUGGAAAACCAUUUGCCGAGGUAGAGAUAAAUGACCUGAUUUAUGAUUAUGAUCGUGAUUACAAAGAUAUUGGUGUUGCUCUCUUUACAACUAAGUCCAUUUUUAUAAGAAACUGCCUGCCUAAUGCAAAAUCUGAUACACUUUUAUCAGCCUGGAAUCCUCCUCCAGAAUGGGGAAAAAAAGUACUGCUUCGCGUCGAAGCAAAGCAGGGAGCUCCCAGGGGUGGAAACUCUGUUCUGGAGCUUUUACAAGUAGAUGUAUAUCCGCUUAAGAUUCAUUUGACUGAGGCAAUGUACAGAAUGGUGUGGGGAUACCUCUUCCCAUCAGAAGACCAAGAUUCACAAAAACGGAAGGAAGUUUGGAAGGUCUCAACAAUAGCUGGUGCAAGAAGGGCAAAGAAAAGCAUGGAUGUUACUGCAGCAGUCGGCCAAGCAUUAAAGGAAUCUGAGGGAUCACACAAAUCAAGAGCGUCCAUUACUGAUCUGCCAACUGAUUCUAACAAAGCAUCAAAAUUGCCAGACCUAAAACCUGGAACCCACUUGAGGAGAACAUCUUCUUUCGACAGAAUGGAAGACGCUGUUGCAGAGUCCAUUGCCACCGAACUUCUAAUGCAAGCUCAAUCCUCGAAAACGGAGGAAGAGAAGGUUGUACAACCCAUUGAAGAUAAAAAGGCUAGGCCUCCGAAACUGAUUGAAUUUCGCAAUAUCAAGAUAAGUCAGGUUGAGCUAUCAUUAACGUACGAAGGGUCCAGAUUUGUUGUAAGUGAUCUCAAGUUGCUGAUGGAUACAUUUCACCGAGUCGAGUUCACCGGAACAUGGAGGAGGCUGAUCUCUCGAGUUAAGAAGCAUGUUAUAUGGGGAGUCCUGAAGUCUGUAACUGGAAUGCAGGUCAAGAAAUUCAAAGACAAGGGACAUAGUCAACAGCCAAACAUAACUGCUGCUCCUGAUGGUGAAUUCCAUCUCCUUGACAAUGAUCAAGCUUCUGAUCAGAAAGGAGCCUUUCCUAAGCGUUCAACUGACGGCGCCGGUGAUGGAUUUGUUACUUCCGUUAGGGGCCUCUUCAACAAUCAACGGCGCAAAGCCAAACAAUUUGUGCUACGAACUAUGAGGGGUGACGAGGAGGGCGAUCAGCAGGGACAGUUGAGUGAUGGUGAUGCCGAGAUCUCUCCAUUUGCUCGGCAGCUGACAAUAACCAAAGCUAAGAAACUUAUUAAGCGGCACACAAAGAAGUUCGAGAAAGGUUCAAUUUCGGGAUCGGUUGAUCUUGAUAAAGAAGCAAAUCCAUCAUCUCCUAUGAAUCCCACCAAUCCAACUGCAUAUGAAUCUGACUCUUCUAGCGGAUCUGAACUCAUUGAGGAACUGAACAGGAUUCAGAAAUAGAUCCAUAUCUAACAGAAUUGGAUUGUUUAAAGGCUUUUGAGUAGGAAGCAAACGCACAUACACAAUUCAAUCAUGUGCCUUAUCAAU